GGGAAGGAAACUAACGUGACACCUAACUGUCAUCAGAAGUCUUCAGUUUGUGACAACGUGGUGUCCAAAAUGCACAUGUUGAAGAGGGAAAAGAAGGAAGAAGAGGAUGGGGGUGGAAAUCCAUUUAGUAAUUUGGAGAAGAGCACUGUCUUGCAAGAGGCACGGACCUUCAAUGAAACCCCCAUCAACCCCAGAAAAUGCAGUCUUAUUCUCACAAAAAUUCUCUAUCUGAUUAACCAGGGUGAGCAUCUGGGAUCGACAGAGGCAACUGAAGCCUUCUUUGCCAUGACCAAGCUUUUCCAGUCCAAAGACACCACCCUAAGAAGAAUGGUUUACCUUGGUAUUAAGGAAAUGGCUAAAAUUGCUCAGGAUGUCAUAAUUGUGACCAGCAGCCUGAUGAAGGAUAUGACUGGAAAGGAGGACCAGUUCAGAGGCCCAGCUAUAAGAGCUUUGUGCACCAUCACUGAUAAUACCAUGCUGCAGAGCAUUGAGAGGUACAUGAAGCAGGCUAUUGUUGACAAAGUUCACGCUGUGUCCAGUGCUGCCCUAACCUCGUCUCUGCACCUGAGUAAGGGAAGUCAUGAAGUGGUCAAGCGUUGGGUGAAUGAAGCACAAGAGGCUGUCAGCAGUGACAACAUCAUGGUGCAGUAUCAUGCCCUGGGUCUGUUGUACCACAUAAGGAAAAGUGACAAACUGGCAGUGACUAAAUUGGUCAGCAAGUUUAGCAAACAUUCCCUAAAGUCGCCAUAUGCUUACUGCUUGCUGAUCCGUAUAGCCAGCAAACUUCUGGAAGAAGAGGGUGGAGGAUCCAGUAACCCACUGUUUGACUUCAUCGAGGGCUGCCUGCGCCACAAGAGUGAGAUGGUUAUAUAUGAGGCUGCCCAUGCUCUUGUCAACAUGAAAAAUGCUAAGGCAAAGGAUAUGAAUGCAGCAGUGUCGGUCCUCCAGUUGUUCUGUGGCUCACCUAAACCCACACUGAGGUUUGCUGCUGUCAGAACCCUUAACAAGGUGGCAAUGAAGCACCCAUCCGCAGUAACAGCCUGUAACCUUGACCUGGAAAAUCUGAUCACAGAUGCUAACCGUAGUAUCGCCACACUAGCCAUCACCACCCUGCUCAAGACUGGCAGUGAGAGCAGUGUAGAUCGCCUGAUGAAGCAGAUUUCCUCCUUCAUGUCUGAAAUUUCGGAUGAGUUCAAGAUUGUUGUGGUUGAAGCCAUCAGGUCUCUGUGCAUGAAGUUCCCACGAAAACACAGUGUCAUGAUGACCUUCCUCUCCACCAUGUUAAGGGAAGAGGGUGGUUUUGAUUACAAGAGAGCCAUUGUUGACAGCAUUAUCACCAUCAUUGAGGAGAACCCUGAAGCCAAGGAGGCUGGUCUGGCUCACCUGUGUGAGUUUAUUGAAGAUUGUGAGUUUACUGUGCUAGCCACGCGCAUACUCCACCUUCUGGGCAGAGAGGGCCCACGGACCCUGUCCCCAUCCAAAUACAUCCGCUACAUCUACAACAGGGUUAUCCUGGAAAAUGCAGCAGUCCGUGCAGCUGCAGUAACAGCAUUGGCCAAAUUUGGGGCCCAUUGUGAAGAGCUCCUGUACAGCUGUACUGUUCUGUUGGAAAGGUGCUUGUUGGACACUGAUGAUGAGGUGAGAGACAGAGCUACAUUCUACUUAAGUGUUCUCCAACAGCAGCAGAAGGCCCUCAACUCUGCAUAUAUUCUGAAUGGAUUACAGGUAUCUGUUCGCGGGCUGGAGCGUGCCCUUCAUCAGUACACAUUGGAGCCAUCUGAGACACCAUUUGAUCUGAAGUCUGUGCCUCUUGCACUCAGCCAUUGGUGGAACAAAAGGCCAGUGUGGUUUCACAGCGAUUCUGCUGAUAUUAUUGCAACCAAGUCUGCAGACAAAGUGGCUGCCACAAGACAAGAUGUUUAUGCUGAACAACUUGCAGCCAUACCAGAGUUUGCUUCUAUUGGAGCCCUUUUCAAGUCCUCACAUCUGCCUGUAGAACUGACAGAAUCAGAAACAGAAUAUAUGGUUCAGUGUGUGAAGCACACAUUUACAAACUAUGUUGUUUUCCAGUUUGAUUGUACAAAUACAUUGAAUGACCAAGUGCUGGAGCGAGUGACAGUACAGCUGGAUCCUGCAGAAGGUUUUGAGGUGGUGAAGUAUAUUCCCUGUGCUACCCUGCCGUACAACAAACCCGGCACCACAUACACGUUGGUGCGCUUACCCGAGGAGGCUACGCUAGUCACAGGUAGUUUUAGCUGCACACUCAAGUUUAUUGUGAAAGACUGUGACCCAAAUACAGGAGAACCAGAUGAUGAAGGUUAUGAAGAUGAGUAUGUGCUGGAGGACCUAGAAGUGACGGUAGCAGACCAUGUACAGAAAGUGGUGAAACCGAAUUUCGGGGCAUCGUGGGAGGAAGUGGGUCCUGAAAAUGAGCUAGAGGAAACAUACGCUUUGUCUACUAUGAAUUCACUAGAAGAGGCUGUCAAAAAUAUAAUCCAGUUUAUGGGCAUGCAGCCCUGUGAGCGGUCAGACAAGGUGACUGAAGGGAAAAGUUCACAUACUUUGUUCUUGGCUGGAGUUUUCCGUGGAGGCCAUGACUGUUUGGUGCGAGCCAAGCUAGCGCUGACUGAUGCAGGCGUCACGAUGCAGCUCACAGUGAGAUCCACAGAUCCAAACGUCUCAGAAGUGUUGGCGUCAGCUGUGUAAUUCUCUUUUGUAGUUUACUUUCUUCAAAUGAAGCUGUUAAACGUAUCAGAAUGAAAAUUGAGGAAAUGCUAUAUACAGUGUACUGAGUUUUCGAUAGAAUUGUCACGUUCCAUUGUAUGUUGUAGCUUUAUUGCCUAAAUACCUAGCAUUUUGUCUUUUCUCCAGGUUACUUGAUCUAACAUUAACAUUUCACGAAUCAUUUCAAGUCUACAGCAAAGAAUAAUUUGUCAUAUAUAAACCCGGAAAAAAGUUGUCAGUAAUAAUAAUUAUUAAAUAAAGCAUCAUUUAAAUACAGAA